AUGGUGCCUGAUUCUGACAAAAAUCAAUUUAAAGAAUCUUUUAAGAAGUUUACUUCAAUCUUUCAUAGCAAGAAUAAAGAUAGAUGUGAAAUUGCAACUGAUUCUGUUCCUAGAGAUGAAAUAUCAAGAGUUGAAAAAUCUGAAAUUUUUAAGAACAGGUUAAAGAAUUUAUUUAAAAAGGGGCAUAAACCAAGCUCUAAUAGUCCCAGCUCUAAUGGCAAUUCACUUGAAAUUGGUUCUGAAAAAAAUCAAUCUAGCGGUAUUGGUAAUAAUUUUGCCUUAUUUUUCCAAACGGAUAAUAGGAAUUAUUUUGAUGUUGGAACUGAAUUAAUUGUCGACUCUAAUAUACCAAGAGUUAAAAAGAGAGUUAUUUUAAAAAACAAACUUAAGAAGUUAUUCCAAAAAGAAAGAAAACCGUACUUUCCAGCCCCUUGUUCUGAGUAUGAUUCCUCUGCACCAGUGACUCUUACUACUGGUGAUAUGGUAUCUGAAAGUUCUAACUUGAAGCUUAGAAAAAGAGACAUUUUUAAAAAUAAGCUUAAAUCAAUUUUUAAAGUUAAUAAGGAUGAUAAAGAAAUCAACUUUAACUGUUUAGGAAAAAUAGAACAAGUAAACCAAGAGUGCAGUUUUGAGCUAAGUGAAAAUUGUGAAAUUUUAAAAGAUUUGCUAUAUGAAGAAGAACGUGCACAAGCAUAUGCUUAUGUAUAUGGGAAUGAUGUUUCAACUUUAAGCACUAAUACCCUUGGUGAAAUUGUUUUACCUAAAAGAGCUCAUAAAAUUUUUAACAAAGAUGAUGAAAUUAAUGGAAAUAGAUGCAAUAAUUCUUCUUCUUCAUGUUAUUCUAGUGAACUAUUAAGACGAGACAACUUUAAGAUUUCUCUUCCUUCAAAUUCAGAAUACAAUAAUAAAUUGAAACUGAAUUUGCAUAACUCAGGCAAUCCAUAUAGGCCACUUGUGAACCAUGAUAAUUAUCAGAAUUCAUUUAUUUUUCAGACCAGACCUGUUUCAGAAGUCAAAGAAUCAAAAUUUAAAAAUAGCAUCAAAAAAAUUAUAAGUUUCAUCAAAAAUAAAUUUCCUUCAUUUAUCGUAUUAUUCUCAACAUGA